UGUCCAGUCUUGUUGGAUCUGUAGUCAUUGAUACUUGCAAAGAAUCGUCUGCGACAUAACAAAUAUGGCGUAUCGUGGUGUGAAAGGUUCUGAUCCGUUUGUUUCAAAAACAUCACGAAAUGAGCGAUUUGCGCAAAUGUCGAAGCAGGAGCAGAUUAUUCAACAAAAGAAGCUUGAAAUACAGGCAAAGAUGCAAGAGCAAAAAGCGAAAGAAGCUGUGGAAAACAUGAGAAAAACGAACGCGCUAUUGCCGAAUUCGGCAGGCGAUCAAGCGAGUAAUUCUACCAAAAAAGAAGAGGAGAAACCGACAGCAUCGCAAACGAUCAAUUUAUUUGCUAACGAUGGUAGUUUUUUGGAUCAGUUCAAAAAAAUUGCAAAUAAUAGUAAAGGCGGAGGGGAAACAGAAUCUAUGUUUCCAUUGAAAUCUGAAGAGAAAAAGGAAGAAGCGAGCAGAGAAAAUGCAUAUGAGAAAGAACAAAAAAGAAACAGCGACAGAAUCAGAGAUUCCGAGAACAGAAGAGAUCGUCGAAGAGGCGACUCUCGCUGGGGAAGAAACUCCGACAAAAGACACAGCUCUUCUUCGAGUCCGUCUCCUACCAGACGUUCUACGUCUCAAAGUCCGGAAGCUCGACGUUCCUUCAAUCAAUCAUCUUCCAAUGGUCAGCGUAUGCAGCAGAGUCAACAGCAAUUUCUUCCUCCAAAUGGAAAUUCAUCCAACGUCCCUUCCUUCGCGCCUCAGUCUAUGAUACAUCUUACCGGUGUACCACCGCCUAACAUGGGAAAUAUCAUAACGAACGUUCCACCUCCAAAUUUAUCGAGCUUACCACCUCCGAAAGUUACGGGAAACAGUUAUUCUGGAACGAACAACCAGCCCGGAAAUCCAAGAAUGCAGAUACCGUCGUCGCACGCUAUACAUCAACCUCCGCCUUCUCUUUCCGUACAAUCCGUUCCACCCAAUACCAAUAUACCUCCUCCGAAUAUUCAUAUGGCUCGAACAGUACCGCCUAAUGUACAAAACUUGCCGCCUCCGCCACCACCACCACCUCCGCUCUCAUCGACGCCUUCCUCGUCAACGACAUUACUGCCAUUAUCAUCCUCCCCUUCUUCCUCUUCCUCUUUCACUUCCACCUGCGCGUCUACCUGUUCGUCCGGUUCACCGUUAACGUCAUCGACGAUGCAUCUAUCGCCGUUGACGUCGUCCUCGUCACCGCUGACGACCCCGCUGUCGAUGUCUUCGCUACCAUCUACACCGUCCGCGACGUUAACGUCGACGGCAUCCGGUACGCAACAGCGUAUGUUCCCAAACGCGCAACAGUGCGGUGUGCCACCUCCUGGACCAUUACAACCGACAAAUUUACCACCUCCGAACAUCCCUCCCCCAAACUUGUUGUCGACGAUGACACAAAUGCCACCAAAUAUGAUGCCGAUUCCCGGCUCGCAGACGAUCACGGUUAACGUACCGAACGCGACCAACGUGCCGAACGUUCCUCCACCGAAUGUACCACCCCCUGUGAUGAUGCCAGCUCCGCCACCGGUUCAUAACGUGCCCUCGAACAUCAAUUCAGUUCCACCGCCAAACUUGAACAUCCCUCCGCCGAAUGUACCACCGCCUCCACCACCUCCUUCCUUGAUUCAAAACACUGCCCCACCGCCAUUGAUGUCCACGAGUUACCCUCUUCCUAAUCAAGUUAGUCAGGUAGCCAUGGGACCACCCAAUCUUCAAGUGCCACCACCAGUCAGGCCAAUGAUCGGUCUUCGGCCUUCGGAACAGCUAGUGUGUCCCGUAGAGGCUGAGCAGCUGGCACGCAUCGUCGCUGACUGCGGGGAUGAAAUCGAACAGGAAGCGCGAGAGAAGAAUGCCCAAGAUCCUAAAUUAUGGUUUCUGCACCAAAAGCAAAGUGCAGCGUAUCUGCAGUACAGGGGGUUAGUGGCAAAGUACCGUGCCGAAAGAUCCACGAAGGAGAGUAAGAACAGUGGCGCGGAACCUUAUUGCCCGGAAGAAGCUCUCAGUGAUAACGACGAUAACGAUCAUGCGAACAUCGGCAAGCACAGCUUUACGCAAGAAACAGAAAAGAAAAGAGAGAGGGAGUCGGAGGAUAAUUGUACGUAUCGGUCAAAGGAGGACAACAAGGAAGAACGUAAACGAAAAAGACGCAGUCGUUGGGGUGAUCCGGAUAACAAAGUGCCUAUAACGGAAAUAAAUACAGUGACCGCCCGUAAGCAACAAAGCAGCAGCCUUUUGCAACCUGGCAUUGCAAUUCCUGGACAAAUUGGGCAACCAGCCGUUAUUAUUCCAUCAGCAAAAAUGCAACGUACGGAGGCAAAGAAUCCUAUGCUGACUAAAAUUUCUCGAAACGACCCUGCCUUGAUACAGUAUGCUCGACAAACCUUUGGUACGUUGGACUUAACCGAAGAGCAAUGGAAAAAGGCAGAGGAUCAUUACAAGAUAAAUCUUUUGUACCAAAAUUUAUUGAAGAAACGAGAAGAAGUAAGACGUUUAGAAGCGCAAGGGAAACAUAAAUACGAGUACGAUAGCGACGAAGAAACAGAAGGCGGUACGUGGGAGCACAAGCUUAGGUCAGCCGAGAUGGAGGCCACUCAAAUGUGGGCCGAAGAACUGACCGCUCAAGCGGAAGGGAAACAUCAUAUCGGUGACUUUUUACCACCGGAUGAACUUAAGAAAUUUAUGGAACAAUAUAACGCGGUCAAGCAAGGGAAAGAACCCGAUCUUAGCGAUUACAAGGAGUACAAACUCAAAGAAGACAACAUAGGAUUUCAGAUGUUGCAGAAGCUCGGUUGGAGCGAAGGGCAAGGAUUAGGUAGCGAAGGUAACGGUCGUAUCGACCCAAUCAAUAAAGCAACAAAUAGAUUCGAUAGCGCUGGUUUAGGUUCCGAAAGACCGGACGGUGUAUCCAGAGACGACGAUGAAUUCGAUGCCUAUAGAAAAAGAAUGAUGCUUGCCUACAGAUUUAGGCCUAAUCCUUUGAAUAAUCCUCGGAGACCCUAUUAUUGAAAACUAGAGCAUCGAUAGUUUAUAUUUGUGGCAUUAUAUAUACAUAUAUAUAUAUAUAAAUUUUUUAUUUAGUUGGAACAAAGAAUCACCGUUAUUUUGUAUAUUUCAAAGUCUGUAAAAGCGAGAAUAACGAUGCCUAAGCAAUGUUAUCUGCUCGAAAGCGCAAUCUAUAUAUAAUUCAAUAAAUGAAGUCCCGAACUUGUUUCUACAUCAA